UCUUUCUCUAUCCGACUCUGUCUCGUCUCGUCUCGCUCAAAUACUCCGAUUUCUAUACAUCCGAGAGCCAUACGCGAAGCUGGAAAGAUCCAAGUAGAAUCCAAGUUCCUUUCAUACAAUAAAUGUCAGAACUUUUGCGUUUGGUGCUGAUUUCUUCUGCUUGAAUCUUCAGACAUGGCUGACGAAGUUAACAAAACUGCAUUUAUAGAGAUUCAAAGUCGAAUGAUUGAGCUCACCAGCAAAUUAAAACAGGUGCAAAACCAGAUGCGGACCAAGGAAGGUGAAAAGAAGCGUGCUUUCUUGACAUUGGAGGAGCUGAGUCAGGUGCCCGAUGAUACAAAUACAUACAAAUCCAUAGGGAGAAUGUUUGUUUUAGAGCUCAAGGCAGUUUUAAUGAAUGAACAAGAGCAGAAGCUGAAAGAUAGUGAGUCUGCAAUUGGUUCUUUACAGACCUCAAAGGAGUACAUGGAAAAACAGCUCGCGGAGGUGGAAAAAAACCUGGGGGAGCUGCUGCAACAAGAUCCAGGUCUUGCUCGUCAGAUAAUGUCGAUGAGUAUGUAAUCGCACUCUUUCUUGUAGAAAACUUCUUGACUUGUCGUGUUCGGUUAGCACCAUAAGUGAUACAAAAUCGCCAAUCAAAUCCUACAAUUGCUGUAAUAGCGUCCUGUUUUGGGUCUACAUGAAUUCAUGCUUGUGUCCCGACUUGGCUACAUUAAUAACUUGAUGUUCUUUAACUCUUAUCAAUCUCUUUGUAUUGGUCGGAUGCAUUAGAAAUUAAUUUUAAAAAUUGAAUAGCUUUUAAUUA